AUGAAUCAAGGAUCGAGUCAGCGAGAGACCUCUGGACGAGACAAAGCCAACUGGGUACAAAAGACGGAACGAUUCAAAGAUCACCAGAAAGGCUGUGAGCAAUGCCAGAGAGCAGAAUGCACAAAGCUCAAGCAAUAUUUGUAUUCCAUCUUGGACAGCCGGAUCGGCGCGAAAAGUCGAAUUUAUCUCGACAACAACUUCCAUCCCGAUCGAAAUGGCUCUUACGCCGCAGAGGUAACGCUGACGAGGUUCAGCGCGAAUCCGAAGACGGCGAAUUUGGUCUUUGAGGAGCACCCGAAGAAAGAUCCGACGGUUCCGUACACACUGGAAUUCGAGUGGAAAGAGUUGAAGAACAUGGACCCGUUACGGAAGAUCGUUGUCCCAGGCUGCGAGAUAAGCACCGAGAUCCUCUAG